GGAGUAAACGCGUGGGAAGGUUUAGUAUUGAUCAAUUCGCGUGGCAGUCCAUCGUGUCAUGGAGGAUUUACUGCUACAAAUUAUACGCGAGUCUCAAAAUGUUAAAUUGUCAAAUGUACGAAAAGCUGCGCAAGAUGCCUACGAUUUUAUGGAAAAACAACAAGGCCUCUUACGGGAUCCGCCGCAUGAAUUACGGGCGAAAUGUCUUCACGCAAUUCAGCUAUCGCUGGAAACUAAAAGAAGCAAAUUCGUAUCUUACGGUCUGACUGGUUUGCACAAAAUAUUGAGAGACGAUAGAUUUCAGUCGCCUUAUGAACCGGAAGAUGAUUCACUUUGGCUACCGGCACAGAUGUUACACGCAAUGGGUUCUCUAUUAUCGCAAUCCGACGACACUCAAACCGACAUGUUGAAAGUCCUGCUGCAAGUGGCCUGCUCAGCUUAUUGGACAAUGAACGGCCGUCUUAUCAUAGCGAUCCUUACGACGUGUUGCGACGCAUUUGAAAACGGAAAUCAGGCAGUCCGUACUGCGGCACAGGCUGCCACAAGUCAAACCCUGCGAUCCUUUUGCUUAUUUCUAGACGAAGAGUGCAGGGAAAUGGACGAGUAUGCAAAGAAGAAUAAAAACAUGCGGGAAAGAGGCGUUUCCUGUUUCAACGAAGCUUUACCUAUUCUUCAGUACAUUUGCAGCCGCUUGGACGAAGCUCAAAGAAAAAAAUUCGCAACAGCUAAAAGCGGGAACACAGUAGUAUUUUUACUAGAAUGUCUGCAUACGCUAAUAUCGUCAUUACCACAGAAAAUCCAUACAAAUCAGCAUUUUACAACGUUCUUGUGGCAAAAGUUUUGCCCUGCAUUGAUUGCAUUUCUCGGAACCCCGAGGGUCGACAAAACUUUUACCUCACGUGAGGGUAAGGAUACGGAGGUGGGCAGAGGAUCGGGUUACUUAGCAACAACAUUGAGUUUCGAUAGUCAUCAAGCGAAAACAGUUUACAGCAUUGGCACGGAAUUGGUGAGACUUGUGGGAUGUGUGGGACCACUAAGGCCAGUAUUGGAGUCAGUAUUUCAUCGUAUGUUACUGUAUCCGCCGCCACAGCAACGGCUGGAAUCGCUCAAGGCACUGAGGGAACUUCUUCGAAGUCCCAGCAGGCUGGUAGAUUUCGCGGGACCGCUUCUGGUUGAGGAAGAGAAGACGAGCCAGCCGCAGAGUGACAUGGCAUUGAUGAGACUGGUCAUGGAUUCGAUUGAAGAGUCGACUGCUGCGGGCCAACCUGUCCUCUAUGCCAGCGUCUCUUGCGUUGUUGCGAUGCUAUCGGCACUUCAAGAACUCUGCGAAGGUAAAGCUGUAAGUCAUACGUACACGUGUACUAUCAAUUCUCUGUACGAAGACUUGGAGUCUUGUGAUUAUCGCGGGCCGCUGACUUAUUUGAGCAUGGCGCGAUUGCCGAAGACAUACAGGGAGCAGUUGGAACUGAUGAAGAAGACCAACGGAUCUGAAAGUGACUCUUCUGGUCACGGACCUUCCGAAGAUGGGGAUUCUACUGAUACCGAAGGCCCACAAAAUGAAUCUGAUGAAGUCAAUGAUGACAAUAAUAGUAUAGAUGAGAAUGACUACGCCUUAGAAAAUGAACGUGAGCGGCUGAGGCUGGAAAAGCUGCCCAAGUGCUUGCAUGUUGGCCGACAGUUUGCUGAAGAGUGCAAUGUUGAUGUUGAGCGACACAAUGCAAGGCAGUUUGUAAAGAUUCUAAGAGCGGAUUUGAUUCCGGUUGUCUUGAAUCUGAGGAGCAACAUCGAAGUUGACGAAGCGUUGCAGAAUUUUGCGUCUGAAUACUGUCAGGGUGUUUUUGCUGCUCAGCAGAAAUUGCAGGAAAAAGAAACGAGCGUGGACACGUGUGCCUUAAUAACGAUUAUGAAUGCAGAUGGGAUUUAUUUAGCGACUUACGCGGCAUUGCUGCUGAAUUUGAAACUUAUACGCAUGCAUUACUAUCAGUUCGACAGCUGUGCGGUUCCUAUUAGCGAGGAAAUGUUCGUCGAAGAAGUCCAUGGCUCAGGUGUCUUGGUAUACUUAUCAGCUACAUGGUUGUCGGAGUUGUACCAGCAGAUCCUGGCCUGCAAUCUGCUGGAGAAGUGUGGCUACAACCCAGCGUCGACGGAAAACUGCGCGUUGGUAAACAUUCUGGUGGACGUUGACGGAAUCAGUGGAAGUCAACGUGGCGGUCAGUUGCUGUCAGAUUACAGACGACUGGAACGAGCACAAUUGUCACGAAGUGAACCGACACCUGAGGCUGAAGCCGGUGCGAAGUUAUCGCGAAGAAUUUUAACCUGUUGUUGGGGAAGUAUGAUGACCGUUUUAACGGCAGGUUUGAAUCCCGCUAAAGAAGAAACCAAUAAAGGUAUUUUGAAUCGGGACACCGCGAGACGGGGAAUAAGGGAUACUGUUGUCCUUGCGCUCGAGGGGCUUCACAAGGCUGCGACUCUCAGUAACAUUCUCGGACUACAGACACGAUGUGGAUCCAUAUUUGCUUUGCUUGCAAAAGCCGCUUGUACCGAACCGGCGAUAUCAAAAUUACGACGAACCAAGGAUGUGUUGAGGCUCAAAUUACAGAAUAGGGCGACUAAUAUUCACACAUCACAUGCGCUGAGUAUGGAGGUGCUACUGGGAAGGGGUCUUGAGCUCGGUAGCCAUGGAAGUGACUGUUGGCCCCAUGUUUUCACGUGCUGUCUUUAUGUGAGCAAGCUGGAGCAUGACUUCUUUGGAAGAAAUCAGAACCUGGCACUUCCUAAGCUGGCAAAGAAAGAAAAGAAAGAGAGUACACCUGACUCAAAGCCGGAUAAGAAUCGGCCUAGUUUCAAUAUUGUUGAUGAAGAAGAAACGUGCGUUGAUGUUUACAGUUUUCUGUCGACUCCUUAUACCCAAAAUCCCACGACGGAAACGAUACCGGAAAUCAUUCAAGAGUCUAAUGCUGACAACCAGUUCAAUGGAAUACUCCCGGCUGAUUACGCGGCUAAAAUAAUUUGCGUGCUGUCUCAGCAGGUUGAUAGGCUGUUUGAAGACGCUGCUCUGAAACUUAAUUUGCGGGCACUGUGUUCUUUCUUGACGGCACUGUGUUGUGCUAGUAAGGAUCAGCUGUUCAAGACGACUGAUGGCUGCAAAGACAGCAAGAAAUUCUGGUGGAAGAAAACUAAACCACGCGAGGAUGAGCUCAAUGUUUUGCUGCUUUCUAGACUGGGCGAAGUUAUGCUGAAGUGCGUAAAAAGUGGCAGGCCGUUGAUUCAUGUCAUGAGAAUCUGGAGCAUUCUGGGGCCGCAUUUUAUGGAAGCUGCUUGUCACAAAGACCGCGAGAUAUCAAAACGCGCUGUCCAGUGCAUUCAUGACUCAAUGGCGGCGCUGCUUAAUGAACAGAUCGAAUUGCCGCACUUUCACUUCAAUGAAGCCCUUUUUAAGCCCUUUGAAAACCUCCUCUGUCUCGAGCUCUGCGACGGUGACGUCCAGGAUCAGAUCGUCAGCUGCAUUUGCGAGUUCGUCGAAACUAAUCGCACAGAGAUACGUUCCGGAUGGCGGCCACUUUUCGGAGCACUUCGUGUAGCUUCGGUUGGGAAUUCCGAGUCCGUUGAAUCAGCGCCACUUCUAGAAGUAUUCCGUGUCUUCCUGUCAACAGACAAUACUUUAGUAUUUGCCAACGCAGCUCUAGACUGCAUUCUCUGUCUUUUGAAACAUAUUCGUGGGGUGGGUGACCCAGAAACCAAUGACUCGGAGCCAAUUUCUAACACUGAAAUCCGCAAAAUGCGUUUAUGCUUGGAAAGUUUAAAGUGUCUGUUAAAUUGCAGCGAUAUACUUUCUUCGAUGUAUCGCAUGCCGGCAUGUCCGAUUUUCCACUCAGCUGCACGGAUUCAAGUGUCAACGAUACCCCAGUUUGUAGACCCAGUGAUUCCCAAUCUCGAGCUGGCUAAAUUUGACAAAAAUUCCGAGUCAAUGCAGGAAAUAGUACCAGAGAUAUCAUUCGAACUCUUCAAUCGCAUCGACAGAACUCAGACCAUUACCCUACAGAGCAUAGAGAAACCAAGUGGAAUCCUUCGCGUCUGGUACCUUCUCAUCGAAGGCCUGGCAAGCGCUACCAUGAUAUGCCCAAGACGUUACCAACCGCACACACUGGAAACCCUCUUCCAUUUGCUCCGCGACAUUCUCAACGUACCUGGGCCCGAUUUCGCGCUCUACUGCGUCAACCAUCUUCUUCUACCCAUGGUACAAAACUGGCUUCGCAUGACCUCGAAAGUAUUCCGCGGGUGGGACAAUUUCACGCCCAAUUUCAAACAAUGCUGCGGACUUACUACAGAUUUAGUCGUCGACUACUUAACGCAUUUGCAAGGUCCAGAGGUCACCCGGAAAGAUGAACUGCUACCAGCGACAACGCUGAUGCUAAAACAGUUGUUACUAGUAAUGGCCGAGUGCGUCGUCCAGCAGACAGAAAGUAUCGCCCGCCUUGGGUGCGCCUGUAUCAGGCACGUUUUGAUCAGCAGCGGACCAUUACUCACCGCCGAGCAGUGGGAAGUCUGCGGUAUUGCUUGCUAUCGUGCGUGUUCAAACUCUCUACAAGAGUUGCACCAACUGACGAUGGCAUUCUCGCCCCGGUCCGAGUCAUUCUACGGAGAUCUUGCCCAAGUCAAGGUCGCUGCCAGGCGUGACGCGACUCCCGAAGAAUCUGAACGGCUUCGUCAGCUCUCCGCCCAGGUAUUUUUGAUGGCGGAGCAGCGUACGGACCCGACGUACACCGACGAUAGAUCAUAUGUAUUUCUGCUUUAUCCACCGUCGGUUGCGUCAAGUCUCAAUCCCGAUUUGUACAUUGUGAGAGUCCAUCUCCGAGCGUUGGUUGUUGGGCUACUGGUCCAUCAGAUGCUUCUACAUUGCAUUGCAAGUGUCCUGCUUCAGGGUUCUGUUGGAUCUAUUUCGAGCUUUUGCAAUGUGAGCUCAGCAUCACCGGUAUCACCAAAACCUCCGGAUGCCAAGCAUCGAAUGACACCACGGCAUGUAGAGACUUUUCUAGCAGCACUAGACCUUUCGUUUUCGGCGGCUGUUAAAUUUGACUCCCGACCUGGGCUCAAGUUUCUGGUUCAAAAAGUUGGGAAUCUGGACCAACCGGCUAAUUUGUACCGGCAAGCUGGUGCAGCCUGGACUAUAAAGAUUCUGACACUCUUUGAACUGUGUCUCGAAGAAAUAUUGAAGACUGGAUCUGAUUUGGAAGUUAUCAAGAGCCUGGUCAGCCAGAACCAGAACCAGAACCAGAACCAAAAGGCUUCUGAGGAUUCUCAGCUGGUCAAGUAUGUGAAGCAACUCAAGAGCACUUUCGAUUCUCUGUGUGACAAUUACGUUGACGUGGUCCUGAAUCGCGACGGUCGGCAUUCCCUGGCCGACGGGUUUUCGGACAGGAAGAUUUUCUUGCUGGUCGCUCAGCCUGACGACUUCCCUGAGAUCACGGGCAAGGAGCCGUUGGAACGUUUCAGGCUGGAAGACACUCUAGAGAAAGAGACCAAGUGCUCGGAGACUUCGAUGUCUGAAAUGGAAGAUCCAUUGGCUGAUAGCAGGAUUAGUGAAGAGUAUCGUUCAUUGAAGCUCUUUGAUUUAGCGUCCAAUUACUACAUGGAAUCGGGUCCUGAGUCCGAGAGCGACUCUGAUGAAUCUCAGCCAUCAUCCAGACCUAGAUCACCCAAAAGAAUUGUGUAUAGAAGCUCUAGUGAAUGCGUGCAAGAUUCUGGUGAUCAAGCAGACACUGACGGCAACUCAACGGACUCGAAUUUGGCGAAUCAGCCAGACGUCGAAUCAACGAAUCAGCGAGAUCCGAAUUCAGAAAACCAAUCGGACUCAAAUUUUACAAGUGAACAAGACCAAGGGAAUGCAAGUGACCAUAAUUUGGCAAAUCAACCAGACUCGAAUGACUCAAAUGAUCAACGUCUUUCAGAUUCGGAAUCGUGUAGCCACGACACAGAUGUCAGUAUUGAUGGCAGUCAACAUGCAUCCUCAAGAUUGGACGCUUUAUGCACAGACGACUCAAAUUACGACAAUUAUAAUUUAACUCAGGUGAAAUCCAAUUCUAAAGAUUUAAAUCUAGACAAAUUACUGGAGCGACGAUUGCGAUUAAGCGACGAAAGUUUUUUAUCACGAAGCACUUCGUUACGAUUGAUAACCUACGAUUCAGACGAAUCUUCUCGUUCAAAAUCACUCAUAGAGCUUUACAGAGCUUCAAACUUUUCACAAUUAUCAGAAUUUAACAACAACAACACGAAUAACAACUCCCUCAAUCAAAUUGAAACCAGCGAUGAGAAAACGGCUUCCGACACGGAAGCAUUUGAUGACAACGUGGAUGAUUUGCUUCGAGAUUACGAACGCAGUCGACGCGGCUUCCGGAUAAAUCCCUUCCUUUCCGAAGAAAAUGGCAACUGUGUAAAUAGCACCAGCAUUGAAGCAGGAAAAAGUUCUAUUUCGAGAGACUGCGAAGCUCACAGGCGGGCUUGGGCGGAAACCAUAACCUCUUCUUUGGAAUGGACUCUAGCUCUUUCCGAUGAACAAUUGAAGCCGCUGCUCCCAGUGAUCGUAGGAGGGGUGAGGACUCUGACAAAAUUCGCGGUGGAUCCAAAUUUGAAACUUAAAAUUUCCUCGUUGUUUUACCGCAUCGUCGUACUCUACGGCUUGACAAAUAAUUAGAUAUUUGAUAUAUAUUUAUUAUGCUUAGAUUUAAGCAAUUGUAAACAAAUAAAUUAUUAAUUAAUUAAAUAUAUAUAUAUAUAUGCAUGAAUAUGGAAAAAUGUGAAUAUAAUAUAUAUAAAAAUGUAUAUCAGAAAAUGAAUUGGUGAAAUGGAUAUAUCAUGUGACUAAAUGCGAUUGAUAAUUAUUUUUUGAUGUACAGUCGCUUUGCGGCUUUUGAAAUAUGUGUAUUGUAAAAAAAAAAAAAAACUUUGAACAAAGAGAUUGACAAUAUUAAAUUAAA